AUGUCCUCUCCAAAGUUCAAGCCAUGGUCAGAAACCCUCAAAUUGAAUCUCGCUAAUAUCCAAUUUCCCGAUGAUCCCACCCAUUCGACACAAGUUGCCCUUCGGACCUAUCUACUCACGUUGUCGCUCUCCCUUGGACCUUCACUCAUUCCUGUCGUCACCUCGCUCGUUAAAUCGCUCAUUUUCAGCAAAGGGACACUCGCAAAAACAUGGAGGAUUUUGAAGAAGGUGCUCAGGAGGGAAUUAGGCCACGACGGGUUUGCGUUUGCUGUCACACUUGCCGUUUGGGGUGGGCUGAAAAUAGGGUCUAUUUGGAACGACCUUUCGGUGUCAAGAAGUCUAAAAGGCGAAUCCGAGUCUUCGACGAAGAAUUCGCAAUCCUUACUAGUGUUUCUCAACCAGAAAUUAAGUGCCUUUCAGAGAGGUUUCAUCUCUUAUGCAUUUACAUCCACCAUUGCAUUUUACCUUCUCCAAGCAGGGAGGCAACGUUCGGAACGUCUUCAAGCCAGAUCAUCACGAACUGGAAACAUUUCUACGUUUCCGCUGAUUCCAUAUACACCGCCUACACCGACGUCCACAUCCAAAGCUUCUCCAACACUAGAUUUGACGUUAUUGUUGGUGGUGAGGGCGUUGGAUGUUGUCGUACAGUCACUUAUUCGAAGGAAAUGUUACUCGCAUCCGGACGACGGCGUUCUGGGAGAGAGAAAGAGGGUAGCGGCGUUUUCUACAGGAAUAGACGCGUUCGCGUUUUGGGCGUGUAGCGCGAGAAUAAUGUGGUGUUUCUUCUAUGAACCCCAGAGACUUCCCCAAUCCUAUGUACGGUGGAUCGGGGCUUUAGCCAACGUCGAUAAACGGCUUCUAAAUACGCUUCGCUAUCUUCGGGAAGGAACUUGGUCAUACGUCAAAGGGAGCCAGGCCUACCCAACCGUACUUACGACGUAUGCCAAAGAUCUGGGAUAUCCAGAGUCGUGGGGAGAUCCGUUGGAACUUCCGACAAGUGGAUUGGAAUCUCGGAUAUGGGAGAAGCUGGGUGUGGUUGGAAGGGAGAGAAGAGGCGGAUUACCUUGUGAAUUGGUUCAUGGAGGCGAGGGCAAAAUGUUCGGUCUUGAGGCUAGUUGUCUGGCGAAUGCAGGGAUUAGGGGGUCUAAAGCAUUUCUUGAGGCAUUGGCAAUCUAUUUGCCGGUUCACAUUUUCCCGAUUUUGAUUACUCGACCUUCAAGCCUCCUUCGACCACACCGGGCCCUACUCGCAGUAACGGGAGCUUGUCGUAGUGCGACAUUCCUUUCGACAUUCAUAUCGAGCUAUUGGCUUGCCGUAUGUUUUACACGGACGAUGGGAUUGGCACGGCUUUUCCCCCAGAUAUCUCAUGAAUUCUGGGAUGGACCGUACGGAUGUACGCUUGCUGGAUGUUUGGUUUGUGGCAGUAGUAUCUGGAUUGAAAAAGGACGAAGGAGGGGCGAAAUGGCGUUGUAUGUGCUCCCCCGAGCGAUCCGUACCUGCAUACCGGAUCGGUGGGUAAGAAGCAGGAACAUGGCAUUGGAACGUUUCGCGUUUGUUAUCUCUGCAGCGUUUCUCUUGAUGACAGCAAAAGAUGAUGGAGAGUCAUUGCGAGGAAUGUCGCGCUGGGUCUUAUCGUUUAUGAUGAACGGACCUCACGCAGGAUUCUGGCAGAGGAGACAAAAAGCACUAGCCACGCAGCCUGGUACGCCGAAGGAAUAA